CCUAUGUCAAAGUAUUUCCGUCUGCCGUAAACAAACAUGGCUUAUUCUGUUAACAUAUCUGUUGAGGCUCCUAUUGAAAAUCAGAUACAGGAAAUAUCAUAUGAUGGGCAGGAAAUCUAUCAGAGCCCCCUCUCUAUGUCAGAGAACCUUGCGAAAUUGGCUCAGAAAAUUGAUUUUAGUAAAACUGCUGUGGAUGACUUGAAGAAAGAUAAUGGAGAAAACUUGGACAAAAGCGACGAAGAGUCGUCAGCGAAAGACCCAGUCAACUACCAGUCUUCGUUGUGGCCAUGGGACUCUGUUAGGAACAAAUUAAGGAAUGCCUUAACAGAAGUCUGUGUUUUGCAUGAUGUAUUGGUCAUUGCUAAAGAAAAACGUUAUAUGGUUCUUGACCCAGUUCCACAAGAAAACAUAGAGACAAAGGCAAUGGUGCAAGUGUAUGCAAGAAAAAAGGCCUUAGCAGCAGCAGCAUCAGUUCUUUUAACUGGCGCCGAAAGACUGAGAACUUCACAGAGCGAACUGGUGCGAAAUAGAAAUGUUCCUGAUUUUCACAUAGAGCUUCUAAGACUGAGACAGAACUGGCGGCUGAAAAAAGUAUCAAAUUCUAUAAUUGGAGACUUGAGCUAUAGAACAGCUGGUUCCAAAUAUGCACAAACGGGGAUGUUUGAAGUAACAAAAGCAGAAGAAGAACCACAGCAAGGAACAAGUCCUCCAUCAUCCCCAGGAACAGGACCCUUACCAAAGCCAAGUUCAGCACUGCGUGUCACAGUGCCUAGUGAGCUUCAGGGUGUCGCAUAUAUUGAAGUACUGUGUCAGAAAGAUCAAGAAGAUUUGUGCAGUGCUACAAUUAACCUACUUGGGUCAGGACCCACAAGUACAAAUGCUGAUGUCCACUGGCAACAAAAGCUAGAAGCAGCACAGAAUGUCUUGUUUUGCAAAGAGCUCUUUAAUCAGCUAGCAAAGGAAGCUGUGCAGCUUCAAGCUCCUAUCCCACAUAUGGUUGUUGGAAACCAAAUUAUGGCUAACGUGCUACCAGGCAUUCAACUGAUUAUUGGCCUGUGCCAUAACACAGGAACAGACAAAAAACCUGCUGCUGCUCCACCACAAAAGUCAGAACAUGAUCAUGUGUUGGAGCAUUCCUUACAUCAGUUGUUACGUGAAGUUCACCAUCGUAACACCCACCAUCCAUUUCCACAUCCAGCAUCUGGCCCUCUCGGACCCAGCAAACGGAGAGCUCUUGCUGGUCCUACUGCUGCAGAUCGUCAUGAGCUGCAGGAGAUGGCAAAAUCGCAGACUCUUUUGGAGCAAAUAAUUCAGCAAGCUCAACACUUCUUCAUGCGUCUGCGGACAGAAUAUGUAUUGGACACUAUUGCAAAAGAAGUGAAGGAUCCACUCAUUAUAUCACACUGGAAUGCUUUAAAUUCUCCGACUCAGUCAUGUGUAAAAAUAAACAUUAUGACUCAUGGGUAUGACGCAGUGUGCCGGACUUCUCUCAUUGUGCAUGUGGGAGAGAAGUCUCUCAAAUGUGUCUGUCGUGAUGGCCGAGUAAUGCACAUGUCGUAUGAGCCCCAGGAGUUACGUGACCUUAUUUUCUGUCAGAUCUAUCAGCAUCAGAUAGCUGCAGUGCAGAGCCUGGCGAAGCGCAUGGGCUGGCAGUUCUUAUCUAAUAGCUCACACCUCGGACUUGGUGCUGUGGAGCCUCUAGGAAAUGCUAGUAGCUGCAUUCUCGCCUCCCCAAUUGGAGACAGGAUGAUUGCUGUAAGAUGUGAGCCACAGACAGGGGUUCAGGUUUCUAUUGCACAGUCACCAAGAAAAGACUUCUUCCCUGGUCAGUUGGUGAAAGAGCGGAAGUGGGAGAACUUGGGAGGUAGCUUCAAAGAAGUAAGAUGGGACAAGAUGGAAGGAAAGAACUUCCUUAACAAAAUGGAGCUCCUCAUGGCCAGUCUUACAAGUUCCUAGGUCCUACCGGUGUGUUUUACUGACAUUUCUGUUAUGCAUCCUGAUCCUGCUGAACACAAACAUUUGUACUUCUUUUGAUGUUCAGCUUUCGAUGUGUGAAGGUUCAGUGAAACAAAAGAAAGGACUCUUCUUGAAAUGACUUUUUAUGGAUUAAUUUUUAACUCAGUCUUCUUUUGGAAAAAUGGAAGACUUUAAGAGUGUGUAAAAUGAGAGGUUUCAAUUGAUUUUAAUCGGCGUCAGAAAUGCAAGGUAUCACUAAGUUAUUGUACAAAGACAUUCCAUACUCUGUGCAGUUUUUGGGAAUUGUAUAAGAUGUUUCUACUAGUGCUGUCACCUUGUCAAAACUAUUAUUGACAUUUUUGCAGUUUCUGAGUUCCUUUUCAGAUAUACACAUAUUUAUUCAGUGUUCAUUUGCAUAUUUUGGCAAAAAAUGACUUUGUAAGAGUGAAUUUUUUAUGGUUGUUAAGUAAAGAGUAAUCAGUGUAGUAGUCUUGUCUUGCAAUUUAUCAAAAUUUGGAAUCUGAUGUGUAGAGUGUAAAAUGAUGAAGAACUUUUUCAAUGGAGAAAAAGAGGUUAGCUUUGCUCUCCUAUUUUUGUGUACUCAAACAUUUAAGGUUUGUGUUGAUUGAUUGAGUAUUGAUAACAGCAAUGCAAUUCAAGGUAUACAGAAUGCUAACUAUUUGUGAUGUUACUGAGAAAUUAGGUGCAGUAUGAAAUUGUGAUAAAUCAACGCUGAAGUUGUAAGAAUUAAACAUGAUUAGCAGUAUGUGUCAGAAACAGAGGGGACAAAUGAGCAGAAAAAAACUUUUCAGCUGAUGUUUGUGGUGUCAUUAUGCCAUUGCUUUGAAGCUGAGGGACUCAUAUUUUGUGUUCUGUGUAGACAUAUUAAAUUUUUGACAGUAUUGUGUGUCGCCAUCUAUGAUUGUAUAGCUGAUGUCUUUUGUUAGUCAAAUAUCCUUUGCUUAGUUACCUUAUGUCACACUGUGUAUCAAUUGAGUGGCUACAUUUUCUGUAACUAAUCUGUAUCUGCUCAUUAGCACAAUAACGUUUCAACAAUUUUGUGACUUAUUUCACAAUAUAAAUACAUCCUUUGGCUUCAGUUUGUUUUGUUCUUUUAUAUUAUUAUUCUUUGUACCUCAUCUUUCAUUCUGUGGAUGCUGUUAAUACAGUCUACUGUCUGUCUUCUCUUUUGAAGACAUUGUUGACAUUGCACAGUUCUGUUAGUUGUUUUAGGUUGGUAGACACUUCAGACUAUAAUUAUCAUUGAAAUGUUGGUAUGUUUUGCUCUUGUUAUCAGAGUCAAGAAUGAAAGCACUGCUUAAAAUUUGGUUGACUAAACCACUGUUAUUUCCAAUCAUUGCUCUUGGAAGUCAUUACAAGCAAUAUUUAAAAGAUCUUAAGUGAUUGGAACCAUUUCUUUCUUUCAUGUUUCUGGCUGCUUACAGUAUUCAGACCCUCACUUAACAGGACACAGGUGAAGAUAAGACUGAUAUAGACGAUUUGCAGUUUAAAAAUAAAGAACCGUAUCACCUGAGCUGGGGGCUAUCAUCCAAUAAUUUGCAAGAAAUUGUGAAAUUAUGUCGACCAAUAGUCUCACUGCACAAGAGCUACUAGAUGGAGACGUUUAUGGUAACACAUUUUGUCAUCACAACCAGAUACAGAUGAUCAGUAUUGCUUCUGGAUAUGACAAAGGAAAGGGGCAGAAGCAGAUUUUUGUACUGCACUGUGGUAUUUGUUUUGAACAGCUAAAUAUUUUUUUGUAUUGCUUAGGGUGUAAAUGACUUAGUAAGUAGGCUCACUGCAGUAUAACCCAAAUAAUGAGCAUUGAAUGCAGUUGCUGUUCAGUGAUAUACCUAUUUUGUGAGGUGACACAGUUCACACAAAAAAGUUUUAUGUUUCAUGCAAUGUGAUUGUUCUUUUGUAUAUACUAAAGAUAGGCAUUUAAGUUGUAAACAGUAACAUUGUAUUUUCUCGAAUGAAUUUUCCUUUGUUAAAUUAUGUACUGAACAUAUGAAAUUGUUUUCAUUUUAUUCUGUAAAAGCUAUAGAUAAGAUGUGCAUUUAUCUUACAUUUGUGGAUAAUUUAGAAGAAUGAAAAGUUCAAUUGCAUUUGAAUUGACUGUUGGAGUGAUAUGCCAAUGAAAAUUGUGGCACAGAUAUGUAACAUUUUAACAUAGAGAGAAACUGAGUUUAAAUGACGUGCAGCAGGAAAUAUGUAUAGUAAAAAUAAGCUGGGUUGGAUGAAAAAAAAAAAAGAGAGAAUUUAGACUGUACUGUUCAUUAUGUAUUAUUCACAUAGCUUAAACUGUUGUUAUUGAUCACUUAUUGCUAUUUGUGCUAUUUAAGGUGGUCUAAUUGUAGAGAGAUGGUAAAUGUCUAACAUACAAUGCAAAUUUGGUGUAAUCUAGAACCGUGCAUUAUUUAUAAAACUAUUAAUUGCAAAAGAAUUUUGUUUAACAUGAUAAACCACCAGUUUCCAUUUUUUGCUGUUUUUUUACCUGUACGUGAAGUGAAAGUUCAAUAUUAUAGAAAGUAUGUAAACUUUUGCAUGAUUUGAGAGAGAUAAAUCACAUACUAUGCACAUGGUAUCAAAGUGUGUGAGUGAAUAAGGACGUUUACACUUUCAUUUUAUGUCCAGACUUGUUUUUGGAAAACUAGGCCUAGUUCAUCAAAAAAAUUGGAGAACUGUUUUAUCUCAGAGGAUGCAAUUUAGUAAAAUGAUAAAUCCAUUAUUUAUCACCAUUAAAAAAAGACACAGUUAUACAAAUCAGAUGACGUGUAUUUUCAUUUAUAUUGCAUGUAAUGUAGAAUCUUACAUAUUUACAAUUUCAGCAUAUCAUGGAAAGUACAAUAGACAGUUUGAUAUUAAUUUGUAGCAUUACUGUGAGAGAAUUACUAUACAUAAAAUAUGAUGGUGCGAAUAUUGAGUUGUAAGACAGUUUUAUGUCACAUUAUAUAUCUUGCUUGUAGUCCUCUUAUUUUGUAUUCUUCCAAUGUACAAAUGAAAGUGUGCUGUGAUCUCUCACAUUUCUUGAGAUUUUGGUGUCUGUUUGUAUCCCUUAUUUAGCUUUCAUCGUGUCAUGUCCGGUACAUAAAUAAUUUUAAUUGUGGCUGAGAUCAUGUACUUGUGUCAGUUGGUUUUUAUUUGCUCAUCUGCUUUUGUGGUCCUUGGUUGCUGUGUUAAACAAAAUUCAUUUCAAUUUUUUGAUCAAAAUUAAAAUUUAUUAGACCAAUUGCUGUAGCAAGUCACAAAUGUCAUAUGAUAGUGUCUAUUGCAGGCUGUAAUUAAUGCUUUUAUCUUGUUACAGUGACAUUGUCUCAGCAUACAUGUCAUUUGGCUGCAAACAGCAAAUAAUUAUGGGUGUUUCACAUGUCUCACAAGAUUUAGAUACUGAUCAUAGUAACAACAGCAAGAAAUGCUAUGUUCUCAGCAAAGUUACCUCUGUCAUUUAUCCCUUCAUCUCUCUCUCUCUCUCUCUCUCUCUCUCUGUGUGUGUGUGUGUGUGUGUGUGUGUGUGUUCUUGGUGCCAUGAUUGUAUAUUUCAUGACAUGUUUUUCUACUUCUUUUGUGCAAGAAUUCAUUUGGAGAAUUUAUUCAUUAAUUUAUGUUUCGGUCUUGUCUGUUAAUGUAAAAUACUUUGCUUACCAUUCAUUAGAACCCAAGAAUUGUCAAUAGCAGUACAAUAGCCGAUACUUCAAAGGUGAGCUGCAGUUGGCAAAAAGGGAGGUGAGAUUCUGCUUAUAUAAAAAGUGAAUGAAACGUACAGAAGGAAAUGGUCUGAGUAAUAGUGAUACUAAGAUGAACAAAUGAACUAUGCAUUUUCUUUAGAGCUUCUGAAUUAGUCCAUGUCAUGCUCCAAAAGUGUCAAAGAAAAACAAAAUAAUUCACUUAUAUAUUGCUUGUAGUUGUCAGCAACAGAGUGCUGGACUACAGUGUGAGAUAUUUAGGCCUACCAUGAUAUUGUCUUCUUGUUAUUUUUUAUGUCCAACUGUACUUAGAUAGGCCGGCCGAAGUGGCCGUGCGGUUAAAGGCGCUGCAGUCUGGAACCGCAAGACCGCUACGGUCGCAGGUUCGAAUCCUGCCUCGGGCAUGGAUGUUUGUGAUGUCCUUAGGUUAGUUAGGUUUAACUAGUUCUAAGUUCUAGGGGACUAAUGACCUCAGCAGUUGAGUCCCAUAGUGCUCAGAGCCAUUUGAACCAUUUUUUUGUACUUAGAUAAGUGAUGACUGAAUUUUUGAACCAUUGUUCUGUGUAUCUGUAUGUAUUUAGAAGUAUAUUUGUAAAUAAGAGAGUGUGAUGUAUCUAAUGUUUUUUGUGCACAAUGAGUGUAUGAA